GUCCCCGUCGCCAUGGUGACGCCGGAGCGUACGGCAGUGCUGGCGGCGGGCGUCGCGCGCCUAGUACGGCCCGGCGGAGCGGGGAGUCUCGCGCCCAACGGCGGCGCGGGGAGGGGCGGGGCGGGGCGGGUUCCUCGUCCCGACGCCGCGUGUCCCCGCCUGUCCCCUGCAGGCCCGAGCCAUGAGGAGCACGCGCAACGAGCCGCCCGGGCCUCUCGCCCGCCACGCGGCCUGCGAAUGGUACUGCCAUGUACCAUUGAAACCAUCAGAGAAGUCAGAAAUCCCACUCCCUCCAAAAUCCCAGAUCCCAGGAUUGGGUGACUUCAUGGAGCCUUCCAGUGAAAUUACAUUUGGGGGCCGCAGAAAAUGGAUAAAAGACACUGACUCAGAAUAUGUGAAGCUGGCAAAGCAAGGAGGACAACCUGAUUUGUUGAAAUAUUAUCCACCUACUACAAGAAAGUCAUCCCCAGUAGUUUAUGCGCUACCUGACUGGUACACACACCACACUAAAACACCAGUAACUGAUGAAUCUAAAACCUAUGUCUCCUCAAUGCCAGACUACAUGGUUCAUGAAGAGUUUAAGUCUGAUCAACAAAAUAGUAACUAUGAAACAAAACAAGGGCCUUUUGAUUUUGAUGUGAAAAGUGUUUGGCAGAGGGAUGCUGAGGAUAAGGAGAACAAAGAGAAAAAAAAGGUAAAGCUUCCUGCUAUAAAACCUAAGUACCCCAACAGAAUGCAGAAUGUUCCUACAAAUAAGGAAUUCCAUGAAGGAAAUAGGCUUUACUUUCCACCUAUGCCUGUUCAGAAAAACGGUGAACCAGUAAACUUCAGUAAACUGAUCAGUAAUGGUUACAGCAAUGACCAGAUUCAGCAACAUGGUGAAGGGGAGAAAAAGAGUCAGCAAACACCAAAAAAUAACGGGCAAGCUGAAGAAUUGAAAAAUCAACCAAAUGAGAGAGAGAAAGGAAGGACAGGCAUAAUAUGUAAAAAGAUGAACAUUCUACGCAUUCCAGCCCGAAUCAACUCCCACGCAGGACAAGUGAAAGUUGCACCUUCAGGGAUGUAACAAAUAUGAACACUUAGAGAGCAUCAAGAAGAGUAAAGCUUGAGAUGGCUUAUGAAACAAGUGUCUAUAUUUAUAAGCUAAUGUUUGUUUCAUUGCAGGUAUCUAACCAUUGUAGCAAAAUGUAUCCCUUGUGUUUAGCUUAUAGGUUUAUACCACAGAUGCAUUUGGUUUGGCACUUCACUUCAGCAAAUGUUAAAGUGCAUAGGUCAUAGCUACCUCAGUUAUAUUUAAGUCUGGUUUAAUGUAGAUUUAGCAUACAACAUUGAAGAUUUUAUCAUCAAAUGUACCACUAGACUAGUACUGCUUUGUUGCCAUUGUUUUAACUUGCUGGAAGGACUUGGUUGCACACAAAUACCAUUCCAAUAUAAUUCAAGAAAUACAACCCCUUAAUGUGUACACGGUUAUACUGGUAUAGCAUAUUCCCAUAACGGAUGAUGCUUGGUAGCUAUGCUGUACAGGUAUAACAAUGUUUACAUUAGGGAUUGUUCUGUGUAGCUGUUUAAGGGAGGGGGGGACACAUUCCUUACUGAAAAGCUACACUAUUAAAAAAAACCGUGCUUGGACCAGAUGUAGGACUUUUUUUUAAGAGUCCUGCAAAACUAUACCUGCUGUAUAAGAACUUGCUGAUCAGUAGCACUUUUGUAGGGAGAAGACUUAAUCAGCAAAUUCUUUAGAAAACUAAAUCAUACUUUUGAACUACAGGAGCAGUUCAGUAGAGCAAAUGAUGUUAAUGUGAGCAAUGGAUGCGGUCUGCACUUUGAGCCUUAAAAUCUUAAUAAUAUUUUUGUCCGACUUGAAGUUUUGACUGGGUCAGCAAAAUUCUAUUUAAUGCCAGAUUUCUCUAUUCUUGAAUGUUAAGAAAAAAUUUUAUAUUUUUUUGAAAAAGUAGUGUAUAUUAACAGUAAAGAUGGCACUAUGAAAGCUGGAAUAUACUGUACAUUUUCAAUAUGUGAAUCUUGCUCUUAUGUCUGUUUGAACUAGGGCUUAUCCAACAAAUUUCACAUAUACAUAUGUUGAGUCUGUCUGAGGAAAUGUUGCUAAAAGAUGGGCAUAAUUUUUAAUUUGUUUUAUUAAGAAGUUUCCUACGAAAAAAUAUUUUUUUAUUCCACUGGAAUAUAAAUGUGAUUAUUUCUUUCAGAAUGCACCCACAGGACAUUAUCUAUUUCUUAACCUCAAACUGAAAAUUGUAAGAAUAUUAUUGGAAAGAUACCUGCCUGGAUAGUCUUUUAAGAAUUAAAAUAUAUUGCAAAUUCAGUGCAAAUUAAAUUAGCUUAUCAUGAAAGUUGGUUAGACACAGUUAUAAGGAUGGAUCUGUUACUAAUUCAUAACCAAAAAACAUUGGUCAAAAUUAUAUCCCUAUUGAAACUAAGGGGAGUCUUGCUGUUGCCUUCAAUGAUGCCAGGAUUUAAUUUUUCAUUUCAAAUAUAUGUAAUCAUAUAUUUAGUUCUGGUUUCUAAAUAAAUGGCAAGCAACAUACUUAAACAUUGUAUUAUUUGUGAAAUCAGAGUGCUUAAAUGUAUGGAAGUGGCUCAAGAAGGACGUAAUACAUUUUAUAGUGUCCAUAUAAUAGGCAAUCCCAUUUCUAUUACACAUAAAGAAAUGUAUUUUUAAGGCAAUUAAACUAUUUAGAAAGGUUGAAAAGGUUGUAACAAGCUGUUUGUAACAGGAAUGCAAAUAAAUGUUUGUUAAAAGUUA